AUGUAUUUUUUCACAUUUCACUCAUUUCAUUUUUACUGCUUAUUUCCAUUUUCCGCCUUCCUCUUUGACUUCAUUCAUCAUGUAUUUUUUCACAUUUCACUCAUUUCCCUUUCUCUUGGUUCCCAUUCAUCAUUUAUUCUUUCAUAUUCCAUUCAUUUCUUUUUUACCGCUUAUUUCCUUUUCCCUGGCUGUCUCUUUGAUUAUAUUCGUAAUUUAUUCUUUCCCCUUUUAGACAUUUCAUUUUUACAGCUUCUUUUUUGUUACUCCUUUCCCUUUGAUUUCAUUUUUCAUUUCCUCUUUCACCUUUCAGACAUUUCGUUUUUACCGCUUCUUUCCAUUUCCCCCCUCCUCUUUGACUUCAUUCAUCUUUUAUUCUUUCAUAUUUCAGUCAUUUCAUAUUUCUUUUUUUACCAUUUCUUUGCUUUUUUACCAUUCGUCUUUGAUUUCAUUCAUCAUUUAUUCUUUCACCGUUCAUUCUUUUCUUUUUAUGGCUUAUUUUCUUUUUCCAGCCUUUCCUUUGGUUCCCCUUCAUCAUUUAUUCUUUCAUUUUUCAUUCAUUUCUUUUUCACCGCUUCCUUCCUCUUUCCGCCUUUUCCUUUGAUUUCUUUCAUUCCUCUUUCACUUUUCAUUCAUUUCGUUUAUAGCGCUUCCUUUUAUUUCAUGCUUUUCUCUUUCAUUUCAUUGUUCUUUCCUUUUUCCUUCUUUCUUCUAUGUUUUCAUUCUUCAUUCUUUUCUUUCACAUUUCAGUCAUUUCAUUUUUUCCCUUCUUUGCUUUUCCUUCCUUCCUCUUUAAUUCCAUUAUUCAUUUAUUCUUUCACAUUUCAGUCACUUUUUAACGCUUCUUUCAUUUUUCCGCCUUCCUUUUUGACUUCAUUCUUCAUUUAUUCUUUUACUUUUCAGUUAUUUCUUUUUGCAGCUUCUUUCGUUUUUUCCGGCUUUCACUUUUAUUUCAUUCUUCAUUUCUUCUUACUUUCAAUCAUUUCAUUUUAUCCCUUCUUUCCUUUUUCCAACCUUCCUCUUUCAUUUCAUUCUUCGUUCAUUCUUUUACCUUUCUGUCAUUUCUUUUUUAAUGCUUAUUUCCUUUUUCCUUCCGUGCUCUUAGAUUUCAUUCAACAUUUAUUCUUUCACUUUUCAGUAAUUUCUUUUUUAACGCUUCUUUUCUUUUUCUUCGCCUCCCACUUUAAUUUCAUUCUUCAUUUAUUCUUUCAAUUUUCAGUCAUUUCUUUUUUAACGCUUCCUCCCUUUUUCCGGCAUUCCACUUUGUCAGUUUCUUUUAUAUCGCUUCCUUACUUUUUCCUCUCUUCCUUUGUGAUUUCAUUCAGCUAUCGUUUCAGUCUUUAUUCAUUUUUUCCUUUUACUUUCUUCCAUUGUGUUUCCACUGUCGUACAUUCUCUCCGUGCACCAAAUAAUAUUAGGCUUCAUCUCUCGACAGUCCUUAUUGUCUGCACCUAUUAG